AUGGCAAAGAUGGUUGCUCAUGGCCGAAGUUCGCAGACCCGUGUUACUCUGUUAGAUGCGCAUCGCAAUCAAUCAUAUUUUCCGGGUAUCCCACCGAUCGAAUCUUCCGUAUCGAUCUCUAGAGUGUCGUCUUGGAGAUUGUCUGAGGUAUAUAAACCACCGAAGGGGGUAACUUUGCAGCAAAUGUGGUCCAUUGUUGCACUCAUGUAUUGCUGCCAGGUCACCUUUUUCGGAAUGGCCGCAAUAUCGAUGCUGGAGAGUGGCGUGGGACUGCAGAAUGAUAUUUGGGUUUGA